GGAGCCAGCAGGCCCACCCAUCUAGACCCCUUGCAGCACAGCAGUGUUUUCCAGAGGAAGCCCGGCCUCAGCAGCCUCUGCACUGAGGUCCUUCUGUGUGCAUUGCCACAGCUGCACACCCACCAUGCCAGCUGCCCAGCUGCUGCUUCUGGCCUGCCUCGUGUGGGGGACGGGGGCCAGGACAGCCCAGCUCCGUAAAGCCAAUGAUCGGAGCGGCCGAUGCCAGUACACCUUCACUGUGGCCAGUCCCAAUGAAGCCAGCUGUCCCGAGCAGGGUCAGGCCAUGUUGGCCAUCCAGGACCUACAGAGGGACAGCAGCACCCAGCGCACAGACCUGGAUGCCGCCAAAGCUCGACUCAGCUCCCUGGAGAAUCUUCUCCACCGUCUGAUGUUAGGCCAGGGUGCUGGGCCCCCAGAGGCCCAGGAGGGGCUGCAGACAGAACUGGACACUCUGAGGACAGAGCGGGAGCAGCUGGAGACCCAGACCAGGGAUCUAGAGGUGGCCUACAGCAACCUCCUCCGAGACAAAACGCUUCUGGAAGAGGAGAAGAGGCGACUGGAGCAAGAGAACGAGGAUCUGGCCAGGAGGCUGGCGAGCAGCAGUCAGGAGGCAGCCAGGCUGAGAAGGGGGCAGUGCCCCCGCGCCCAGGAGUCCUCCCAGGACAUGCUGCCUGGCUCCAGGGAAGUUUCUCCAUGGAAUCUAGACACUCUGGCUUUCCAGGAACUGAAGUCUGAGUUAACGGAGGUUCCUGCUUCCCAAAUCUUGAAGGAGAGUACAUCUGGACAGCCCAGGAGUGAAGAGGGAAGCAAUGGCUGUGGAGCGCUCACUUGGGUAGGAGAGCCUGUCACUCUGAGGACAGCUGAAAUGAUCACCGGCAAGUACGGCGUGUGGAUGAGAGACCCCAAGCCUGCCCACCCCUCCACCCAGGAAACCACCUGGAGAAUAGACACGGUGGGCACGGACAUCCGUCAAGUGUUUGAGUACAGCCUCAUCAGCCAGUUUGAGCAGGGUUACCCUUCAAAGGUGUAUGUGCUGCCCCGGCCGCUGGAAAGCACUGGGGCUGUGGUAUACGGGGGGAGCCUGUAUUUCCAGGGGGCUGACUCCAGAACCGUGUUCAGAUACGAGCUGAGCACAGAGAUGGUGAAGGCGGAGAAGGAAAUCCCUGGAGCUGGCUACCAUGGACAGUUCCCGUAUUCUUGGGGUGGCUACACAGACAUUGACCUGGCUGUGGAUGAGGUGGGCCUCUGGGUCAUCUACAGCACCGAGGAUGCCAAAGGUGCCAUUGUCCUCUCCAGAUUGAACCCAGAGAACCUGAAACUUGAACGCACCUGGGAGACGAACAUCCGCAAGCAGUCAGUGGCCAAUGCCUUUGUCAUCUGUGGCACACUGUACACUGUCAGCAGCUACUCCUCCACCGACGCGACUGUCAACUUUGCCUAUGACACAGGCACAGGGAGCAGCAAGACCCUGAGCAUCCCGUUCAAGAACCGCUACAAGUACAGCAGCAUGAUUGACUACAACCCCCGGGAGAGGAAGCUCUUUGCUUGGGACAACUUCAACAUGGUCACCUAUGACAUCAAGCUCUCCCAGGAUGGGAAAAGCCCCUAGGGCUGGCCACACAUGCAAGAGGAGGUGGUGCUUGGGGCCAGCCAGGCCCAGCAGCAGCAUUCUGUGUCUUACACUUUCAUUCAUGCAAGACAGUGUGUGGGGCCACCAUCUGAGGAUGUAAUCUGACAGUUGAGACCAUUUCCUAUGAUUAGAGGUUCUUUUCUUCUGUCAGCUUUUUAAAGGAAUGCUUCUGUCAGCUUUUUAAAGGAAUGCUUAUUAAAAAUAGUUCAAGUUUUCUGGCAAUGUGGGACAAAAGCUCUAUGCUAUGGUAGUUUCUCCAUAAAACUAUUGCUCUUGAAAAUCAUAUGGCUACCAUAAAUCAUAACUAGAAGCAACACUUCUAAAAGGAAGAGGAAGAGCUCUUGGUGGCCUGAACUGAAGAACUGAAUUUACUAUAACUGGUUUUUAAUGCUUCACACCAUAGAAUUCAGUUGGGUAUUAUAUAAUCCUUUGCCCUGUGAAAUAAAGUUAUCUUACACAA